AUUCCACUAUCAGAUUAUUUAUUGGAAUUAUUGAUGGAUUCUUUGGAUUCCGAUAUGAAUGACCAGCUGGAUUACAGAGAGCUAGCCAAAGGAAUAAAGGACUAUCAAUUGGAAGAAAGAAAAAGAAAGAAAGAACUGAUGGAGUCUUCAGGAAGCAGUAUCACCAAAGAGUUUGAGAGAAUGAUAUCAUGUCAAAGUAUGAAAUCAAUUGGCGGACAAAGUAGUCGAUCCGUAUCAAGACAAUCUGAUGUACGAAUAGUAUCAGCUGCAUCACAGCGAUCACAAGUGAGUAUUGCGGCAUCACAGCGAUCACAAGUGAGUAUUGUGGCAUCACAGGCAUCAUUAGACUCAUUAGACGUGCCAAAGAUUGAUAUUACAGAACAAGUGUCUCUUUGUCCUGAUGAUCUCAUACUGAAGAGAAAAAAAGAAAAAGUUUUCAACAGACAUGCUAAACUAUCUAGUGCUGGAAAGCAGAGGGUGUUAUAUGGUGAUACCAAGAAUGUGAAAACUGGUAACAAAGCAGUAGACAGUCAUUCCAUGUGCAGUACUUUAGGAGGGGAGAUUGGUGAUACAGUGGAUCAGCAUAGACAAGAAAGACUUGAGGAGUAUCAUCGGAUAGUUAAAAUGUGCCAAGAUAGAAAUGUAGCAUUGUCAGCUCAAUUACUGGAACGAGCUUUACUUAUGCCAGGAGACAAACCAGUAUCGCGGUUAAAAAAGAAAAUUGCACAGCCUGGAUGUCAUUUAGUAUCGAGGCAUUUUGCUGAUUCCCCGACAAGAAGUAAGACACCAAUAGAGGUGAAACACAGUGAUACAAUACACCGUGAUAAAACUGGACAGCUACUGAUGGAAGCCAAACACGCUUAUCCACAGAAAAGAUAUGUAGAACCUCAAACUACAAUGGUCCACUUAUCAACUGGGAAGGCCUUUAUUUCAACAAAAGUCAAGUGCUGGUUAACAUUUGAAGAAUAUGAAAAUCUUACAAGAGAUCUACAGAAGAGGUACGUAGUGUUCAAUGACACUGUUGAUGCUAAUGCAUUCUGGCCUGGUCAGUUAUUAGAUAAACUACGCCUUUGUAUGGAUGAACAAGACAGUGCCUCGGGACCAGCAACCGUGUAUCAGUCAACAAAACAAGCGAAACCCACCAACUCAGGGUAUAAUAAUAAUUUACAAACCUGGCCAACUGAUUCUGGGUAUAUACAGUUUGGAGACAUCACACAAAACAAGAUUUAUACUCUAGAUAGUAAAUGAACAGUGUUAAAUAAAUAUAUAUCUCAACAUAUUGAUUGCACUCCCCACUUAUAAAUACUAAUAAAAAUUAUACCAAAAUUGGACUGUAUAUUAUUUUUAUACUAUAGCAUUUGCAAUGUACAUAAUCUAGCUAGAUAAAUUAUUAUAUACUUAAGAUUCUCUUUUUAAUUCAAAAUUGUUGUGACUUUCCGCC